GAAUUUUCGGAAGCUCAAUCAGUCGUUACCGGUUGUUCGGAAGGUUCGCAUCGCUUAAUUUUUUUGCUAUUGUAAUGGAUCGUUGGGUAGGAAAGGUAGCUGUGGUGACGGGUUCCAGCUCGGGAAUCGGUGCCGCCAUUGCCAAGGAUUUGGCCAAGGCCGGUAUGGUCGUCGUUGGAUUGGCUCGGCGCGUAGAACGUGUUGAAGCGUUGAAGGACGACUUGCCGGAAUCCGCGAAAAACCUUCUUCAUGCGGUGAAGUGCGAUGUCUCCAAGGAAGAAGACAUUCUGAAGACCUUCAAGUGGGUUGAGGAAAAGUUUGGAGGAGUUGACGUGCUGAUCAACAAUGCCGGGAUCCUGCGGCAGACGGAUUUGCUGGAUGCGAACAACACCCAAAUGCUGCGAGAAGUGGUAGAUACGAACGUGAUGGGACUGGUGUUGUGCAGUCGGGAGGCUUAUCAGUCGAUGAAGAAGCGUUCGGUCGAUGGACAUAUCGUCCAUAUCAACAGUAUUGCUGGCCACACAGUAAUCAACUUCCCGAAAUUGAACAUCUACUCCGCAUCCAAGCACGCAGUUACUGCCAUCACGGAGACGAUGAGAAACGAAUUGAGGACGGCGGGAACGAAGAUCAAGGUCACGAGUAUUAGCCCUGGAGGUGUUCGAACGGAAAUCUUACCGACAGAUAUAGUGACGAGUGAUAUGCCUCUGCUCGAAUCGGAAGACAUCUCUGAAGCGGUUCUGUAUGUGCUUGGAACUCCUCCGCGAGUGCAGGUUCAUGAGUUGAUGAUCAAGCCGGUUGGUGAAAUAUUCUAGUUUGUAAGAUUUUAUGAUAAACAAUUUGUAAUGUGGAAAAAAUAUAGAUUAUUCCUAAAUGGAAUGAGUAUUUUAACUCUAA